UGCCAACAUGGCGGACGAGGGGACAUGUUUUUCUAUUUUGCGUUCUAGCUGGAAUCACAAUGAUAACCAACAAGUAUGUGUUGUCAAUCCUAAAAUUCACAUAUCCGACAAUAUUUCAAAGCUGGCAAACUGGAACUAUAGCAUUGGUUCUUUUAACACUACAUAGCACAGGCUACAUAGAACUGGAUUUGUCUGUAAAUAGAAGUACAUUGCUUGCCUGGUUUCCUGCUGCUCUGUUCUUUACUGGCUCCAUAUAUUCUGGAUCUGUGGCUUUAUCCAGAUUGCCUAUCCCUGUGUUCUGUUCCAUUCAAUAUGUGACAYACAUUUGGGUUUCCUUGGUAGAUGUAUUUAUUCACAAAAAGAUGGUUCAACUUCUCCCUCUUAUAAGUCUAGGCUUUACAUGUCURUCAAGUAUAUUAAUAUCAAGAUCUGAUCCCAAGGCUGAGUACAUGGGUUAUAAGUGGAUGAUGCUCCAUUCUCUCUGCAAAGCUCUAUACAUUUAUUCAGAGAACACUACAAAGCAGAAAUUAAGUGAACUGAAUAAGAUUUUCUACAAUACGUCAUUCAGUAUUGUUAUAUUGAUGGCAAUAAGCGUUAUCACAGGAGAGCUGUACAGAGUAUUAGAAUUCCCUUUCUUGUAUACUAGAUCAUUUCACAUUGGUUGCUUGGCCAGUGGUAUUUUUGGCUCGAUUCUUGGAAUACAAAGAACAGUGUUGAUGAAUCUGGACUACAAACCAAUGUUACCAGCCAUAAAUUCUGUAAAUAAGAUUUUGGUGUGUGGUGUAUCCCUUUUUAUAUUUGAAGCUGAUUUAACGAUUUCAAUGGCAAUUAGCAUAUUAGUUGGUUUAACCAGUGGGCUGCUUUACUCAUUCACUAAAACUGAUGGAGAAACAAAGAAAGACACUCAAAUACAUGUACAAAUCAGCUGACACAUCGUUUGACGCUAUUCAUACAAAAUGGUUUUACGAGCAGAAUGUAUAGUACAAUGACUAUGUUAGUACAAUCAAACAGCUCUGUGACUGAAAACUCAAA